AUGCGCACAGCCUUCAUCGUCCACGCCUUCAACGGCGCGCGCAUCGCCUGCUCGGUGCUCGCCGACCCGGGGGCGAGCCUCCCGCUCAGCGCGGGCGGCUUCGUCCCGUACUUUGACUACGCGGGCGACUUGCGCGUCUCGGGCGUCGUCACGCCGAUGGCGACUUUGCCGGCUGUCUUCCGCGCGCCGUCCGCAAUCUUUGGGGGAGCGAGCGCGUUCCUCACGCCCACCCAGUCCUUUGCCUACUCGCUGCGGGGCGUCGACCCGAAUUGUGCUUCAGGGCCAACAGCGGGAGUCGCAAACUCGUGCGGCAUCCACAUCCAUGAGGGUACCGACUGCGCCUCCAACGCGCUCGGCCACUACUGGGCGCGGGGCUCGUUCCCGGACGAUCCAUGGGCGUCGGUCAGCUACCGCGCGGAGAGCGGCUUGUUUGGUCGCUACACCGCGACGGGCGUCUCGCCCGGCGUCAUCACGGGCCUCUACCAGUCGCAAAUCGCCGGCCACGCCUUCAUCGUUCACGACGUCACCGGCGCCCGCAUCGCUUGCGCAAUCCUCCAGUCGUGCCCGGACGGCUGCGAGGCGCAACAAGAACAAUCGGGCGGCCUGGGCACGGCUUGGUUUGGGGCCGAGGGGCGCGCCUUGCGAAGCAGAACGGAGAACGACGUGGUUUCUGGUUACGUGUGUGGCUGA